GCUCUCAGGUUUCUCUCUGGAUUUACUACUCAGCAAGAUGCCUCUCAUGCGAAUCACUCGAAAAGGAGUUACUCAUUCCUUACACUUUCCGUUCUUAAAAUGAAAUAAGCAUAUUUCUGAGCGACGCAAGAAAAGGAGGAACGCAAGGGAAAUCAAGAGGGAGAGUGCAGGAAGUGCAGUUAAAAAAAGCAUAUCUAUCGCGACACCACGACGCCGUGGCAUUAGUGCGUUCACGAUCAUCCGUCCACGUGACAUUAGCUCCGUGCGCGGUAUAUGCGGUGUCGAGUGUGCGAUAGCUAGUGAUUGAUCCCGUUGUGUCAAAAAUUAUAGGUUUUAAGCGCUAUUUUGUAUGCCGUCCGCGACCGCGGCCCCAAUUCGAAGUACUUGUAUGUCAGCCCGCGUCGGCGUCGAGCGCGCGUCACAGCUAUGAUCAAAUUAUUCUCGUUGAAACAAGCGAAAAAGGAUGGAGAGUCACCCAAGGCUGGUACCCAGAAGAAGGCAUCCGCGGCACAGCUGAGAAUCACGAAAGAUAUAAACGAACUCAACCUACCGAAAACAUGCGGUACAGAAUUCCCGGAUCCCGACGAUCUGCUGAGCUUUAAACUAAUCAUUUGUCCAGAUGAAGGAUUUUACAGAGGUGGUAGAUUUGUAUUUAGUUUCAAAGUUGGACCCAAUUAUCCACAUGAACCACCGAAAGUAAAAUGUGAGACUCAAGUAUAUCAUCCGAACAUUGAUUUGGAUGGCAAUGUAUGCUUGAAUAUUUUAAGAGAGGACUGGAAACCUGUUCUCACAAUUAAUUCCAUCGUUUAUGGUCUCCAAUAUCUCUUCUUGGAGCCAAAUCCUGAGGAUCCACUAAAUAAGGAUGCUGCUGAGGUUUUACAGAACAACAGAAGGGCGUUUGAACAAAAUGUAUCGAAAGCUAUGCGGGGUGGUUAUGUAGGAUCAUAUUAUUUCGAACGGUGUCUCAAGUGAUACAGUGCCUCGUUGAUGAUACUGUAUAAGCUUCUUCAAGAACUCACUGUAGGUGAAAAGAUCCGAACAUACGAGAUAAAUGCAGGACCAUGUUACAGUGUCCUUGUUGUCACUUAUGUGACUGCAUUAACAUAUUUACUUUCUUUAUGUCUUGCCAGGCCUAUGUCUAUUUAAUCGAAAAAAUUCGAUUAACAAAUCUGCUGGCAAUAUCAUGCACACUGUUUACUCUUUCUGGUAAUUACCAAAAUCUUUAUCGGCCGUGGUAUUGUUUUAGUGAAUUUGAAAUGCAGUUAUGAGGAGAUUGUAGAAUUAUAGUUUGACAUAUUUGGCAGAUGAUAGAUGUUACGACGUAAGACACUUAAUUGUGUUAACAUAUAUACAAUAAUUCUGGACUAUCUUAAAUCAGCUUUACAUCUAUAGAUAUGUUAAUUUUUAUAAGGUAUUUAUUUCCCCAGAUAUAUAUAU